AUGUGGUAUUUCACCGCAGCCUACCAUUUGUAUCGAACUGAAACGAAAACACUUAAAAUCUGCUGCGUGCACAAAACUUCAACUGCUCUCGAUGAAGCCCAACGAACAAAGAGGCUUGAGUCAGCUCCUCGUGGCUUUACCAAUCCCUUGGAUAAGCCUCCAAACUCACACAAUGGGUUUCGGUCGAACCUAAGAAGAAGCGACCAACUAUUCGAAAUGCCACCUCCAGCAAAUGGUCUUUAUGGGAUCGAACCAGUUGGUUUGUAUAUCGCUGAAAUGCCUCCGGGUGUCAUCGUUUGUUUUCUGUUCAUCGGUGUUGCCGAACAGGUUCUCUUAGCUACAGCAGUAGUUGUUUUGGAAGAUGAUUUUGGUAAUCAGUACCCUGCAAGAGCUCUUCUAGAUUCUGGCUCAGAGAGCAAUCUUCUUACGGAGCGAAUGAGCCAACGGUUGAAAACCACAAGAGAAAGGGUAGAAAUCUGCGUAAUAGGAAUAGGUCAGGCAGCAACGAAGGUCAAGCAGAGAAUUCAUGCCACGGUUCGAUCACGAGUUUCAGAGUUUUUGCGAGCUAUAAGCUUUCUUGUCUUACCCAAGGUGACGGUUAAUUUGCCUACAACAACGGUACAAACAAAAGGCUGGAGAUUUCCAGACGGAAUCCAAUUGGCGGAUCCUUCGUUUUCAGUGUCUAGUGAGGUGGACAUUGUUCUAGGAAUCGAAUCAUUCUUCGAUUUCUUCCAUACUGGAGAAAAGAUCGAUUUGGGCGAUCAACUUCCUUCACUGAAUCAUUCAGUGUUUGGUUGGGUAGUCUGCGAAGGUUUGCCGACCCCACGGCAAGCCAUACAAGUAAUCUCGAAUACUUCGAUUACUGAAGACCCUCUGGAAGCCAUGGUGGCUCGAUUUUGGUUCUGUGAGAAGGUCGAGUCAACCAAUUUUCUUUCGACAGAGGAAGCCAGAUGCGAGAGCUUAUUCUCGAAAACUGUGAAACGCGAAUCAGACGGAAGAUACACAGUUUCUCUACCGCGAAAUGAAGACAUUAUAGAUCGAUUAGGCGAGUUACAGGAGAUCGCUAUGCGACGAUUCCUGGCGACGGAACGGAGGCUUUCUAGGGACGAAAACCUAAGGAAGCAGUACGAACAAUUCAUGGAGGAAUAUGUUCAUUUGGGUCACAUGCAAAAGAUAGUUGAGUUGAAAGAUGAGUCAUGUCAGAAAUCAGUUGUCAAGCGUUGUCUUUUGCCACACCAUCCAGUUGUUAAAGAGGCCAGUACCACCACAAAGGUCAGGGUUGUUUUUGACGCCUCUUGUAAAACUUCAAGUGGAGUAUCGUUAAACGAUGGACUCUUGAAUGGCCCUGUUAUUCAGGAUGACUUAUGCUCGAUUAUCCUCCGUUGUCGAACCAAACAGGUUAUGGUUGUUGCCGACAUUGAGAAAAUGUUCUGGCAAAUCAAUAUCGCUGAAGAUGAUCGUCCUCUCCGAUCCAUUUUAUGGCGAUCAUCUCCCAAGGCAGAAUUAUCGAUCUAUGAACUGCGAACAGUCACCUACGGAACCAAACCAGCUCCAUUUCUAGCCACUAGAACGUUACAACAUUUAGCCACGGAUGAGAAAGAGUUUUUCCACUUGCAGCAAGGGCUGUUUUGA